AUGUCUUAUGAUCGGUAUUUAGCGAUAUGUAAAACACUGCAUUAUUUGACCCAUAUGAAUGACAGGUUCUGCCUCCACCUAGCAGCUAGGUCUUGGCUAAGUGCAUUUUUGGUUGUUACCAUAAUAAUAUUUUUAAUGUCACAAUUAACUUUCUGUGGCCCCAAAGAAAUGGACCAUUUCUUUUGUGAUCUCACUCCAGUGAUAAAACUGUCUUGUAGUGUCCCCCAUCAGAUGGAACUUGUGAUCUUCUUGGGCUCCUUCCUAUUCACUUUACCACCAUUUCUAUUAACCCUGACAUCCUAUGUUUGUUUCAUAACUGCCAUCCUGAGAAUCUCUUCUAGCACUGGGAGGCAAAAGACAUUUUCCACCUGCUCUUCUCACCUUAUUGUGGUUACUACUUUCUAUGGCACGCUAAUAAUUGUGUAUAUUUUACCAAAAACCAAGAUGCUGGGAGAACUUAACAAAGUGUUCUCUGUCUUCUACACCAUCCUGACUCCCCUGGCCAACCCCCUCAUCUACAGCCUGAGAAACAAAGAGGUCAUGGAGGCCCUGGGAAAAAGCUGUCAGAAACUCUGUGGCUUUCAUGAGUUCAUUUAUAGAGGGUGA